CUAUUUUGUAAACCUUUGGUUCCGGGAACUAAUUUGCCAAUUGGCGGACUAAAACCCAAAGUUUCUGCGGCAAUGGAAAAAGGAAUUAAUCGUCUAAUGCUUUCUAAAUAUCAAUCUUCACCUAAUCUUUUAUCCGAAUAG